CAGCGUUGUCGUGUGUGACACAUUUGGGGAGCCCUGGGUACCUAUGGGGCUGUUUCCAGGAGGAAACAGGCAGGAUGGGAAGGAAAUUGCUGCUAUUUUCUGGGCAUCGGGCCCAAUUUCUGCUUCGUUCUGUCUGAGUCCACACCACACCCUGCAUGCUGCACCCAAAGAUGGAGCCUGAGUGGAGGAGCACACCCAAAUCCAGAGGCAGCGCUGGCAGGAUCAGGGGCUGUGCGAGCGCCAGGGCUGGCAGCAGCAGCAUGCGUGCGGCGAGCGAGGCUCAGGGCGCCACAACCACCUAAGGGGCCCGGAGCCUCCUCAUCCUCAUCCUCCUCCUCCUCCUCAGCUGCCCCCCGCAGCCCCCGGCAGAAACUUCCCUCUCCCGCACUUCGGGCUUCUCCGGGGGGGCUUGGCAGCGACAGCCGCAUGCAUGACACUCCGAAAAGGAGAGAAAAUGACCAUAAGUAUCCAGGAGCACAUGGCCAUUGACGUCUGCCCCGGCCCCAUCAAACCCAUCAAGCAGAUCUCCGACUAUUUCCCCCGCUUCCCCCGCGGGCUGCCCGCCGCCGUCGGCCGCAGCAGCAGCGCCCUGCGCCCCGCGCUCAGCCAGCCCUCGGUCAGCCCCGCCGAGCCUCCCCGCGAGGAUGAGGAGGAUGUGGACCAGCUCUUCGGAGCCCACGGAACGACGCCCGCAGAGCAGCCGGCCAAGAGCCAAGCGCCCGACGAGGUGGUGGACCCCGAGGGCUACGAGUCCGACGAUUGCACCACACUGGGGACGCUGGAUUUCAGUUUGCUCUACGAUCAGGAGAACAACGCUCUCCACUGCACCAUCAACAAAGCCAAGGGCCUGAAGCCAAUGGACCACAAUGGUUUGGCUGAUCCUUAUGUCAAGUUGCACUUGCUCCCCGGAGCCAGCAAGGCCAACAAGCUGAGAACCAAAACGCUGCGCAACACGCUGAACCCCACGUGGAACGAGACCCUCACCUACUACGGCAUCACCGACGAGGACAUGAUCCGCAAGACGCUGAGGAUCUCGGUGUGUGACGAGGACAAGUUCCGCCACAACGAGUUCAUCGGCGAGACGCGCAUCCCGCUGAAGAAACUGAAACCCAACCAGACCAAAAACUUCAACAUCUGCCUGGAGAAGCAGCUGCCGAUAGAUAAAACAGAGGACAAGUCGCUGGAGGAGCGUGGCAGGAUCCUGAUCUCCCUCAAGUACAGCUCGCAGAAGCAGGGGCUGCAGGUGGGCAUCAUGCGCUGCGCCCACCUGGCUGCCAUGGAUGCCAACGGCUACUCCGACCCCUACGUCAAAAUUUACUUGAAACCGGAUGAGGACAAGAAAUCCAAGCACAAGACAGCGGUGAAGAAGAAAACGCUGAACCCCGAGUUCAAUGAGGAGUUUUUCUAUGAGAUAAAGCACGGUGACCUGGCAAAGAAGACCUUGGAGGUCACUGUGUGGGACUAUGACAUUGGGAAAUCCAAUGAUUUCAUAGGCGGAGUCGUGUUAGGAAUUAAUGCCAAAGGGGAGCGGCUGAAGCACUGGUUCGACUGCCUGAAGAACAAGGACAAGAAAAUCGAGCGCUGGCACACGCUGACCAACGAGCUGCCGGGUGCCGUCCUCAGCGACUGAGCCCCGCAGGGCCACAGCUCCACAGCCCUUGGGCUCCUCCCAGCUUUGGAUACGGGGGAUCCCAGGCCAGCCAGGACAGCAGGACACCCCUCAGCAGGGUCUGGCUGCAGGGAAGCCCUUCCCAGGGAAGAAGGCACAGGUGGUUUUGCUCUGGCGGCCGCUCCCGGCUCCCAAGGCUUUUCCAGAACGCCUCUUUGCGCCCUGCCGCACUCACAGCCCCACUCUCGAGCGUGCACGUGCACACUCCCACUCCCACUCACACAGCUCCUCCGUUGGAAUGAUUGUGUCCCCGGUACACCCGGACAGAGUGUUUGCUCUCCUUGCAGGAAUGUUGUGCUCGUCCUCUCCAGUAACUCCUGUGCAGGCAGCAGAGCUGUGCACGCCACGCUUUUCCUCCUGGGAUCAGGCAGCUUCACGUUUGGGAGGCAAAAUGUAAAAGCUCCCUGGAACAGCCUGGCUGUUCCUGCUUCCCAGGAAGCAGUUUCUGUCCUA